GUGAUUAAAGAAAGUGGACCUCCUCACAUGAAGAGCUUUGUUACACGAGUUACAGUAGGAGAAUUCACUGCAGAAGGAGAAGGCAACAGUAAGAAACUCUCAAAGAAACGUGCCGCGAUGGCUGUCCUCCAAGAACUUAAGAAACUUCCUCCUCUUCCUGUGAUUGAAAAGCCAAAACUUUACUUUAAAAAGCGUCCAAAAACAAUAUUGAAGACAGGACCAGAAUAUGGCCAAGGAAUGAAUCCCAUCAGUCGUUUGGCUCAGAUCCAACAGGCCAAAAAGGAGAAGGAGCCUGAGUAUGUUCUUCUGUCAGAGAGAGGAAUGCCUCGCCGUCGGGAGUUUGUUAUGCAGGUAAAAGUAGGGAAUGACAUUACUACUGGAACAGGCCCAAACAAGAAAAUAGCUAAAAGAAAUGCAGCAGAAGCAAUGUUGCUACAGCUGGGUUACAAAGCCUCUACUCCUCUUCAAGACCAGCAAGAAAAGGUGAGAGCCAGUUGUCAUGAUGCCCACAUUUUACCCUUGUCU